AUGGAGCCCACCCCAGGAGGAGCCACCCUGCCCCGGCCCCCGGCCAACUCCACCGCCCAGGCCAACCUCACGUCGGACGCCCCGAGCGAGUCCGGGGACAUCCUGGUCACCUCCUUCCUGGGCUGCGUCCUGGCCGCGAUGUGCGUGGUGGGCACGGCGGGCAACGUCUACACGCUGGUGGUCACCAACGCCUCCUUCAAGCUGGCAGGCUCCAUGUCCAUCUACAUCGUCAACCUGGCCCUGGCCGACCUCCUGUACCUGGCCACCAUCCCCUUCGUGGUCUCCACAUAUUUUCUGAAGGACUGGUAUUUCGGGGACCUGGGCUGCCGCAUCCUCUUCAGCCUGGACCUCCUCACUAUGCACGCCAGUAUCUUCAUCCUCACGGCCAUGAGCACCGAGAGGUACCUGGCCGUGGCGAAGCCCCUGGACAGCGUCGGCCGGUCCGGGACCUACCGGCGCGUGGUCACCUGCUCCGUGUGGCUGGUGUCCCUCCUCCUGGCCCUGCCGACCGCGGUCCUCAUCGACCUCCGCACGAGCCACCGAGACGGGGUGACCAAGCGCAUGUGCCACCCCACCUGGCAGCUGGAAGCCUACAAGGUGUACCUCACCGUCCUCUUCCACACCUGCAUCCUGGCCCCGGGCCUCGUCAUCUGCUACCUGUACAUCAGGCUGGCCAGGACCUACUGGCGAUCCCAGACCUCCGCCUUCCUCCCGGCCGAGAGGGGCAAGAGGUGCCCCCGGCAGAAGGUUCUGUACAUGAUCUUCACCAUCAUCCUGACGUACUGGGCUUGCUUUCUCCCCUUCUGGCUCUGGCAGCUGCUCAGUAUAUACUAUCAAGUGCCUGGGAACGGCAACAGCAGCAGCACCACCGUCGUCUACGUUAAUUUCCUGGUCACCUGCCUGGCCUACGGCAAUAGCUGCAUCAACCCCUUCCUGUACACCCUGCUCUCCAAGAACUACAAGGAGUACCUGCAGCGGCAUCAGAGGAGGGACACCCAGCCGUCCAAGGGGAGGGUGCGGAAGGUCCCGUCCGGGAGGUCGGUGUUGUCCGGAAGCCCCGGCUACACCGAGACCGUCGCUGUUGUGCAGCUCGAGGGGCUCGGUGCCCGCGCCAGCCCUCUGUGA